AUGGUCGACAGUAUGUAUGGCAUACAUGAAAAAUUGGCCUACUUAGAGUUCAUGAACUGGAUGGAAAAACAUUGUCCACAUCUUUUUUGUAGUGUUCAUGAAUGGGUAGUCAGUAUACUAACUGGAACUAAGUCACACAUGGAAGAGGUAUCAACACCAGUUCCUGAACUAGAUCAUAUUCUGAAAGGCCACUACUUGAUUAACAAAACUAUUCUCUGGUGUAUGUCAAUUUCAUUACCAGGAAUUUACCUCACAAUUCCAAGUAAAAGUGUAACAGUUUCUCGAUCAAGUUCAAAUCCUUUAAUUUCUAGUUGUGUACAGGAUCUCAUAAUGAAGGCACGCCUGCCUCAUUGCCAGAUAUGGAAUCUCAUCUAUUCUAGCAACGAUCAUGGAUUGUCCAUGAACAGAUUUUCUUAUCAUGUCUCCUCUUAUAAUGGACCCUGUGUGACUUUGAUUUACUUUGAAGGUAGAAAUCUUUAUUGCUUUGCUUCUGACUGUGGAUGGAGAGUAAGUACCAAAAGAUAUGGUGGAGAUCAGUGCCUUCUAAUACAGUUUCAUCCUAUCUAUCGAAUUGUUCAAGCUGGUCCCGAUAUCUGCUUGUGGAAUGAACAUAACAGAGGACUCUCAAAAGGGAUCCAAAUUGGUCAAGAUCCUUCAUCUAUUAUUUUGGAUAUCUCUUCAGAAUUUGAUUCUAUUAAGCAUUAUGGUGUUGCUUGCAGAUUGUACAGAAUAGAAGUUUGGGGAUGUGGAGGAAGUUCAGCUUUGGAGGCACAAAUGAAGCAGAAACAAUGGGAAGCCAAGGAAGUUCAAAAACACCAAGGACGCAAGUUAAAUCUUUUCCAGAAGACGGAAACAUGGGAAGAAAAUCCUGACAAGCAACUCUUGGAAUGGGGUGGAGUGAGGACUAAUCAUUCAAAUCCAAUCUAUCUAUCUAUCUAUCUAUCUAUCUAUCUAUCUAUCUAUCUAUCUAUCUAUCUAUCUAUCUUAUUUAGCAGAUUAUCUAUCUAUAUAUCCAUCCAGCUUAUUUAG